CUUCCUGACAUUGACAUUAUUUUAACAACAAACGCACGCGUGUUGUUCUGUGAAAUUAUUUCUUAAUAAUGAAGUGAUAUCUUAGUGAAAGAACGCAGUUGAUUGUUUUAAAUAAAGACUUCAUAUUAGGACAGUGCUCAAUCAUGCCGGAGGGUUCGAAUAGCCGUAUAUUUACCGGCUCCAGGGUGUUAGGUUAUGUUAGUACACAUGUGCCCUUUGUUGCUCGAUUUAUCAAGAGGCGAGGAGAAACACUGUUAUGUACGAGUGUCGGCAAGUGGUUCCACACCUACGGGUGUGAUAAAUUCCGUUUGUUAAGUGUUAGUGGUGAACACCCCGGUCCUAUCACUUGCAUGAGCGGGGACAGUUAUCACGUCUAUACGGCCAGUGAGAAUAAUAUUUACGCAUGGAGGCGAGGUUGUGAACUCAAACAUGUUUACAAAGGCCACAAUGCGCCAGUGCAUUUGCUGUUUCCCUUUGGAAUACAUCUCAUAUCUGUAGAUGAAGACAACAUACUCAAGAUAUUUGACAUCAAAAACGAAUCUGAGUUCCUUGAACUUGGUUUUGACGAAGACAGUUUUAAAAUUACUACUUUAUGUCAUCUUCCUACCUAUUUGAAUAAGGUUUUGCUUGGUAGUCAGCAAGGUCAGUUGCAGCUAUGGAAUCUCCGCACUUCCAAGUUGGUGUACACUUUCCAAGGAUGGGAUUCAGCUGUAACGGUCACGGAGCCUGCGCCAGCCGUAGAUGUGGUGGCAGUGGGGCUGGCUAAUGGGAAAAUAGUUCUACGCAAUUUAAAAUUUGACCAAACAGUAAUGGAAUUCGUUCAUGACUGGGGAAUGGUGAGUGCGUUGUCAUUUAGGCUUGACGGAGCCCCUGUGAUGGUGACGGGCAGCUCUGAGGGUCAUAUAGUCAUGUGGGACUUAGAAGAACAGAGGGUGUUGUCGCAAGUACAGUCUGCCCAUUAUGGUAAAAUAUCUGGGCUGAAGUGUUUGAUGUCUGAACCUUUGAUGGUGACCAACUCUGAAGACAAUUCAUUGAAGCUGUGGAUAUUUGAUAUGCCUGAUGGUGGUGCCAGGCUUUUGAGGAAAAGGGAAGGACAUUCACAACCCCCCAGUAUGGUUUGCCACUGUGAACCGAGCGGUAACAACAUUCUGGCAGCAGGCAGUGAUAGCAGUUUGCAUAUAAUGAACACAGUCUCGGAAACCUUUAACAAAAGCCUUGGAAAGGCUUCACAUAACAGAAAAGCUUCAAAGAAGAAAAAGAGACUGCAAAUUGACAACCUCAUAUUACCUCCAAUCACCAAGAUAAGUUCAUGUAUGCAACGUGACAAACAGUGGGACAGCAUUGCGUCCCUACAUGAAGGAUUCUUCAUGGCCACAACUUGGUCUUACAACAAAAUGAGGAUGGGAGACCAUAAGUUGAAACCCCCAGGAAUGGACAAAGGAGUUGUGGCUACAUGUUUGACUGUUACCCACUGCGGAAACUUUGUUGUUAUUGGCUACAACAAUGGCCAAGUACAUAAAUUCAACAUGCAGUCGGGCUUGCAUCGUGGCCACUACGGUCAAGACGAUCUAUUGGCACAUAAGGGAGCAGUGAGAGGGGUGGAGACAGAUCUCUGCAACCAAAGGGUGAUCACUGUUGGAGCUGAUGAUAAUCUGAAGUUGUGGCGAUUUAAAUCUGCAACAACCCCUUACCACGUAAUAAGAUUACAAGAGUCGGUGUCCAGCACAAAAUGCCACCGAGACAGCGGGUUAUUAGCGCUCGCAAACGAAGACUUUUCCAUUACACUCAUUGAUAUCGACACCAUGAAUAUUGUAAGGAAGUUCGACGGCCACGACGGGAGGAUAACCGAUAUUGAAUUUGAUACCCAGAGCCGAUGGUUGAUCAGCGCGUCUAUGGAUUGUACUAUUUGUACGUGGGAUAUACCCACUGCUAAACUAGUGGAUAUUUUCGCGGUGGAGCAGCCUUGCACUUCACUCAGCAUGUCGCCAACUGGUGACUUCCUAGCAACGGCACACGUCGGCGAAGUAGGCGUGUUUCUAUGGGCGAACAGAUUGCUUUACGAGAGAAUAUUCCUCAAGCCGAUUGAGAAGGGCGAAAUCAAUAUACCUAAAUUGCGAUUGCCGAGCACAGCACCAGAAAAGCCAGAAAUCGAUGACUUAGGAACGAUACAUAUAGGAGAAGAACCAGAGUACAUAUCUCCGAUACAAAUUAGUGAAGAACUGAUAACGUUAUCAGAUCAGCCCACUUCAAGAUGGUUGAAUUUGUUACAUUUAGAUAUCGUUAAGAAACGGAACAAGCCUAAAACUCCAUUAACUGUGCCUAAGUCAGCGCCAUUUUUCUUACCGACGAUCCCGAGCCUCGAACUGGAAUUUGACUUAGAGAAAGAUAAGGACAAUAGCGAUACGAAAUUACUAAUGCCAGAUGCGCUAUCAACAUUGACAGUAUUCGGAAAGAAAUUGAUUGUCUGUGAGACAGAGGAGAAUUACGAGAAAUGUAUAGAGAAAUUGAAAACGUUACCGCCUGCGGCUAUCGAAGCCGAAGUGACAAGCAUGGCGCCCGACGCCGGCGGGAGCGUCGAUGUCAUGAAACAAUUCCUCAAAAUGUUAGACAUUAUGCUGAAAAGUAAUAGAGAUUUCGAAUUAGCCCAGUCGUACAUGAGUUUGUUUCUAAAGAUGCACACUAAGACAAUUUCUCAAAACGAGGAUCUUCGAGAAACAUUAGUUUCAGUAGAGGAGACCGCGACGAAAGCGUGGUCCAAGUUGCAAAACCAAUUAAUGUACAAUAUUUGCGUUGUCAAAGCUUUGAAAGAUAUGUAAUAAAAUAUGGUAAAAAGUU